AUUAGAAAAAAAAAAAAAAAAAAAAAGCUUUACACUAAUCAUCAUGAAACGCCUGUGAAACUUGAUGUAUUUAUCUCAUCCAAUAUUUAUCUUAAGUUAAAAGAUAAAACUUCUUCAACUUGAGGAAACUUGUUAUUUUUCCUUAAAAUAUAUCUAAAAGUCAUUUAAGAAAAAUAUUGUGUGUAGCAUAUUCUGAUAUUUACUUAAAUAGUCAGUGUAAAUAUGUGUGAUGUGUACAGCAAAAGAAAAUUCCACUUCAUAUGUGAAAAUAUUGUAAUUGUAGAUUUCACCUUUAUUUAAUUUAAUUAGUAUUGAAAACUAUAUUGAAAAGAAAACCUCCAACGGCUACUUAAUACAUAUAAUGGAAAAAGUAGACAACCGACCAUAUGACUUUUCACAGGUUGGCUUGGCGCUCCUGCGUAGAUCUAAAAACUCAAAACUUUUCAUCUUUUAUAAAUCUUGAACAUUGAUGUCCAUUCGAAGAAUUAAGCCCUAAAGUAUUUUAAAUUAAAAUGUCCCAAAGAAGAAGACCAAUUUUCCAGAGGGUCUCGAAACUACUAAAAGUCUCGAUCUUGAGAAGACCCAUCAUCCCAAGACUCAAGCUUAUUCCCAUAAAACGAAGAAGAUCAUCCAAAAGGGUCAAACUCCUUCAGCAAUACAACUAUAAAUUUCUCCAAGAGUAUCAAUUCUCUCCUUCAAGUACAUCGCUUAUCCGAUGCUGCCCGAAGAGAAUUCGGUUAUCUAGUUCGAGUCUUAAACGCAUUUACGGGUUAUUGUUUCUUUCUCGGUGUAUUGGCAAGGAUUGCACAAUAACGCGAAGUUGGAUGGAGAUGGAGCCUUUGCAUUGUGCCCUUAAAGUUGCUUCUCCUACAAGGGAGCUUCUGCAUCCGUUCGAUUACUUCAGCGAAGAUGAUUCAAUUGACGUGAAGGCUGAGAGAUUCAUCGAAAAGUUCUACGAUGAGAUGAGGAUGCAGGCGCGGGAAUUUGCUUGAUUGAUCAAACGUCAAGUGUUAAUUACUUUUUGAAUUUUGGAAUCUUUUUUUCUUGUGUUAGUUUUCUUUUUACACGUGAUUGGUAUUGUUAAUUGUCUCCGCAUCAUAUUUAAGAUCUUGGAGACUCAGUUAUUUCGCUCUAUUUGAGUAUUUGAUUCUAUCAAUUU